UGGAUGGAGUGGAGUGACAUUUCGCGGCUCUUUUCCUCCGGGGGUGUCUGCAUGGUGCGGAGGAAAUGGUUUGACUACCGCAUCCGCGGUUUCUUUCAAGGCCCCACGCCGAACUUUUUCCUUGAGGUGGUGGCGAAGCGAGAAGUGGACGCAUUUUUGACGCUCUCGCAGCGCGAUAACCGCGGCCUACCGGGGGAGGACCCCGACGCGCUCUACAAGGGCCUUCUCAUCAGCGUCUCCCGCUACCACUCGGAGACGGACACACACGUGCUGCACGCCAACAGCACGCUUGACCCGGAGGCACCGUCGCAAGACGCCUGCAGUUUUUACUUCACCCGAGAUGUGGGCAUGUGGGUGAGGUUUCUGCCAGAGCACUCACCGUAUUACGUCUUCCCGCGUGUCGGGGAAAAUUCAGCGGAAUCGAUGAAGGCCUUCACGUUGGGGCUUCUCUCGCGGCGGAAAGUGGGAAAAGGCGGGCUGCAUGUGAAUUUUAGGCGGUUGUCGACGUCAGAAAAGCCACUGGAGAUCGGAAUGCAGGCCGCAUUGCACGCCGCACAACCGCAGCGUAUGAGUUUUCAAUACAAAAAACCCAAACGACCCGCUGUGCUCCGUGAGGGUGUGUCCAUACAAGACUCGAAGAAAGUAACGUAG